GCUUACUGUAAAUACAUGUUUUACGGGGAGUGGGGAGGAGGCAAGGCGCGUUCUCGCGCAGUCUUUCCUGACGCAUUCAUCCGGGAGUCUGUUACGAGGUCGCUCUUCAACAUGGCGGCGUCAGGUAAGAAGAAGAAUAAGAAGGGGAAGACCCUUACUCUAACGGACUUCUUGGCAGCGGACGAAAAGAGCAGCGGCAGCCCUGCCCCUAGUUUCCCUGCAGCCAAGGCAACCAGCUGGGCUGACGAGACCGAUGAUCUGGAUGGAGAUGUCUCCACCUCCUGGCACACUGCAGAGGACUCAUACCGGGGGCCCCCAAUUGACCGCUCCAUCCUGCCCACUGCUCCUCGAGCUGCUCGCGAGCCCGACGUUGACCGAUCCCGUCUGCCCCGCAGCCCCCCCUACACUGCCUUCCUGGGCAACCUUCCCUACGACGUCACAGAGGAAUCCAUCAAGAACUUCUUCAGAGGUCUUGCGAUCAGCGCUGUGCGUCUGCCAAGGGAGCCCAGUAACCCAGAGAGGUUGAAGGGCUUUGGCUAUGCAGAGUUUGACGAUGUGGAUUCAAUCCUGCAGGCACUCACUUUUAAUGAGGAAAACCUUGGGAACCGGCGGGUUCGUGUGGACAUUGCAGACCAAUCUAAUGACAAAGAGAGGGACAACGGGUCUAUGAUGGGACGUGACCGGGACCGGGGAGGCCGUGGUAUGGACGGCCCUGCCAAUACUGACUCAGACUGGAGAGCCAGGCCCAGCUCGGAUGUGGACGAUGGACCUAGACGGGACGACUCUUAUGGAGAGAGGUCAAGGGACCGCUAUGAGUCAGAUCGUUUCAGGGAUGGACCACGGCGGGAUGACAGCUUUGGGGGUGGACGAGAUGGUGGACGCGAUGGUGGACGCUUCCGUGACCGUUAUGAUGACCGGGGACCCCGUGACUUUGACCGAGGAGGUUUUGAUUCCGGCGGAGGCCGCAGAGCGUUUGGCAGCGGGUUCAGACGGGACGACGAUUUCCGCCGUGAUGAAGGCAGGAGUGGUGGUGAUCGCUUUGGUGACCGCUACGGUGACCGUGAAGAGCGAUCAUUCGAGAGGCGAGAGGAAAGAAGUGGAGGAGCGCCUCUACAGAGGCCCAAGCUGAACCUGAAGCCUCGCAGUGUCCCCAAAGAUGAGGGCGAGAAAGAUGCAGGCGAGAGCACCCCACCCACCGCGCCCAGCGGGGGCAGCCGGGCCUCCUCCAUCUUUGGCGCUGCCAAGCCCGUGGACACGGCGGCCAAGGAGCGCGAGGUGGAGGAGCGGCUCAAGAAGGAGCAGGAGAAGCUGCAGAGGCAGCUGGAGGAUGACAAGUUCCGGGGCGAGCGCGACAGACGCGACAAACCACAGGAUAAGGAGCCAAGCUGGCGCAGUGAGAAGCCACCAAAGGAGCGCUCUCGGACGGGUAGCGACUCAACACAGCCUGCCCGAGUUUCCCGACGUCGGGAGAGCGAGCGUUCUGUGGAGAACGAGGUCUUCAGCGGUCAGGAGGACGAACCCCCAUCCUCCCGGCCUUCUGCCUCCCCGACCAGUCAGGAUGUCCUCCCCCUUAAAGUGAUGCCAGCCCCGCCACCCAAGGAGAAUGCCUGGGCCAAGCGCAGCACCGGGGGAGGCAUCAGUGAGGGUGACGGUCGUGCCCCUGUCUCUCCCACCGGCGGCCACCCCCCCAAGAGCUCCUCCAGUUCGACUGAUGAGAGAGGUUCAGGCAAAGAUGAAAACAAGUUGGACGGAGUCCGGCGGGAUCGGGGGGCCCCCCGAGGAGGCCGUGGUGGGGGUCCGGCCGGUUUCGGAGCGGGGCGUGGCAGAGGGGAGGGCCCAAACCGGGACAAACGGAGAGAACCAGACAGGAAAGAGAGCAAAAAAGAGCGAGACCCCAGAGCAGCACCUGAGCCAAAGAAAUAUGAGGAGACCCCUGCUCCUAAGUUCAGCUCGGCCAGUAAGUACGCUGCCCUGCUGAUGGACGGAGACCAGGGAGACGACGAGGACGUGGAGUAAGCAGCGCCGGGCAACACCGCAGCGGUAGAGAGAAGUCGCGGAAUAAAGAGCGAAAAUUAACAUAAAAAAAACACGAAUUAAACUCUAAAGCAGAAAAUGUCUUUACAUGUGUGAUGGAGGGGCAGCCCUAAUGGCCCCAUGUCUCUCCCCCAACCUUUACUUCAGGUCCAGAAUGCCUUUCUGGAAUGCCGUUUCUAGAAGUUAAGAGAGUGUCACAUACUGGACUUUUUUUUUUUUUUUUUUUUUAAAUGAUGAAAUUUAAAAUGACUCGGAUACACAUUCACAAAGGAAGUAAUUGUAAUAAAUAAAUAAAAAAAUAUGGAAGAAAAAAA